AUAUUAUACGAUUUCUUGUUACAUUUGACAUAUACGUCAGGAUAAAAAAUACAUACAUUUGAUACGCAUAUAUUAUUAUUACGUCUAAUAAAAUCUACUACUACUAUUUUUUUUCUCAUUUAAUUGAUUUUUGGAUUUGAUUGGUUUAGUUAUAAAACGAAGAUGGGUUCAUUGUGAUUCGGGAAGAACAAAAAAAAGCAUAGCAUGUUUUCUAUCUCAGAAAGAAGCUUCCUUGGGUCUUUACCUCCUUAGUUAAACCCCCUCUUUCUCUGUUUUUUUUUUUCUCUUUCUCAUUUCAGCAUUUUCCCUCCAUAGUCUCUAUAAAUAUAUUUAUUCUUUCUCUGAUCAUCAUCAUCAUCAAAACAUCGAAAUUUAUUAAAGAAGAAAAAAAAAACCCAUCUUUGGAAAGCUACAGCUAAUUAAACCCAUGGUUUCAAUCAAACCGAUGAUGAUCUUGAUCAUUUUGGGCCUGUGUUUGAUUCUGGAGUGUGGUAAAGCUGAGCUUCCAAGAUUUGAGCACCCAAUCAAACCAGAUGGAUCACUCAGUCUUCUGGUUGUUGGUGAUUGGGGAAGAAGAGGCCUUUUCAAUCAAUCCCAAGUUGCUGCUCAGAUGGGAAAAAUGGGAGAGGAGGCCGAUGUAGAUUUUAUAGUUUCGACUGGAGACAAUUUUUAUGAUGAUGGGCUAACUGGAAUUAACGACCCAGCAUUCGAGGAGUCCUUUACCAAUGUCUACUUGAGCCCAAGCCUACAAAAGCAGUGGUACAUUGUUUUGGGAAACCAUGAUUACAGAGGUGAUGUUUUGGCUCAGUUGGAUCCAAUCCUUACACAAAAGGAUAAGAGAUGGUUUUGUAUGAGAUCAUAUGUUCUUAACACAGAUGUUGCAGAAUUUUUCUUCUUGGAUACGACGCCAUUUUCAGAUAAAUACUUCAGUGAUCCAGACCAUACUUAUGACUGGAGAGGAAUUCUUCCCAGAGAAGAGUAUCUCUCAAAUCUUUUAAAGGAUUUAGACACUGCAUUGAAGCAAUCAACCUCAAACUGGAAAAUUGUAAUUGGUCACCACACAAUUAGAAGUGGUGGAUAUCAUGGCAACACUGUAGAGCUUGAGAACAGACUCCUUCCAAUCCUCCAGGUAACUACUUCUGAUAACUGAUUCUUAACGCACAUAUGGAAUUUUUACAACAAUGAUAGGCUUAGGCUAUAUGAAUUAUAUAUGUCGCCAUUGUAAUACAUUUCUAGGUUUGACUAAACUAUUACUCUUUCAUUACAUUCAGGAAAACCAUGUUGAUCUUUACAUAAAUGGACAUGACCAUUGCUUGGAACAUAUCACUACUUCUGAAAGGUAAAUCUCCUGCUAUUUUUUUUUUCAAUAAAAAUUUCAGCAGAAAUAGCUUCAUAUGUGAAGUUUAACUAAUGCAUUUUGAACAAUGCAGCCCAAUUCAGUUUCUCACUAGUGGUGGAGGUUCAAAGGCAUGGAAGAAUAAAUUCAAUCCAGUGAACAAGGAUGACCUGAAAUUCUAUUACGAUGGACAAGGUUUCUUGACCAUGAAGAUUACUAAAGCUGAUCUUCACUUUCAGUACUAUGAUAUUUUUGGUAAUAUUUUGCACCAAUCCAGUCUACCUAAAGGGUUUUACCCCAUGUAAAACAUGUACUAAUUGGCGUUGGCCGAUGAUAAUUAAGUUGUUGUAAGUUGUAACUGUUGUAUAAUUUUGGCUCAAAUGCUCCCAAAUUAAUUAGAUGAAGGAUACAUGCUCCAGACUCUAUUUUUUUCAGUAUGUACUACUAAAUGUAACAAAAUCACAAGCUUUCAAUAAGAUGACUUACUGAACAGUCAAAAAUUGAACCGUGUGCUUUCCAAUUCGGGAAGCUCUGGAGCAAUUUUUCCCCAAGUGCAGCAGUGUAAGCUUCCCAUUCAACUAGUGCAGCAGAUAAACUGGCCCAGUCAAAAUUAAAUUGUGAUUUCUUCCCACAGUUUAGGUUUCUGAUAAAUGUCUCUGCCUGUAGAAGGUCUUUUAGAAACACCAGUUUUAGACAAUUGAUAUUCUCCUGUUGUGCUUUUGAUUGAGGCAGAACAUUCGUUGAAACUUCUUUCACGUUAAUAACAUUCGACGAAAAUGGAUACUUGUAACAGUAAAAUUGUACCACCUGUUGAAUAAAGUAACGACAGGAAGGAACCAGUUAUUGGCACACUAAAAAGAAUGAUCUGAUGCAGUAUAUUUAGGGUGUUCAGAGUAUCGAGUACCUGAAGAACAUGCAUCAUAUU